AUGGCAAAUAAGAAACAAUCAAAUGACCUCAAAACAUCAUUAGAACAAAUAAGUCAUAUAAAUUGGUUAGACGGCAUUCACAAACUACCAAAUAAUGUAGAUAAAGAGUUACUUGAUCAAUGCUCUAAUCUAAUUCAAAAAUUUAUUAACAGUGAUGAAUCAUUACCAAAAACUACAAUAAAAUCUAAAUCUAAAUCUAAAUCACAAAAACAACAAGUGUCGAAAAUUAAAAAAUCCAAAAUAAAAGUCACAAAAAUAAAACAAUCAAAAUUAAAUCCUAUUUCUCAAAAAAUCAAAACAAAAACCAAAAUAUUAAAGAAAACUACUCAACCAUUCCAUUCUAAUAAUAUUUCACCAACCACUGGUUAUCCUUGUUAUCCAUCAGCAUUUCCUUGUUUUCGAUCAUGUGGUCCAAUAAAUUGUCCUGAGAAUAAAUUACCUAUGCCUCGAGAUCUUUGGUAUCGUAUUGUUUAUUCACAAGUACUCGAACAACAACUAGGAAGUGGAGAAGCAUCUAUUCGUCAAAGUCGAUCAAACUCUCAUUUACAAUCUUCAUCAAAAAGAAAACAUAAAGAAGAUGAAUCUAUAACAGAUAAAUCAUCAUAUAAUAAUUUACAUAAAAAUAAAUCUAAUAGUAAUAAUUCACGUCGACAACAAACAAUGAAUGCAGCAUUAUCAUCGACAUCAAUUAAGGUUAUUAAGCUAGAUGCUUCAUUAAUACUCGAUGAUCAUGUACAUAAAUCGGAAUUCAAUCAAGAUACAUCACCAUUCGUACCAUCAAAUUCUUAUAAACCAUUUCCAAUGGAUAAACUUGAAUAUGUUGCUGAAACUUUACCAUUACAAAUAGAAAAUAAACACAGUUAUUCUAAUCUUAUGUAUCGAAAAACUGAAUCCAAAGAAAAUCUAGAAACAAUUUUAUGGAAUACAAAUGUAAAUAAAACAGUAUCAUUGACUCAAUCAGCUCAUGCAGAACUUAUCAAUCAUCCUAAAAUUCAUCGUGGCAUAUCAGCGGAUGCUACACUUGAACGUAAAAAUGAUUUUGAUAUUAUUUUUAAAAAAGAAAAAAAUUUGUUAAAAGAACUUAUUCCUAUUGCAAGUGCUCCAUCAGCAUCAAUUGUUUUAAAUAAUCAAUCAAACUUCGAAGAAAUGACUACUUCACCUAUUCAAUUCGAACAAUCAAAAGUAUCUAUUGAACAAUCAACGAAUAAAAUCAUAAAAGAUAAUUCUCAUAUUAAUUCAUCAAUGAUAUUUGAACAUCCAUUAACUAAUCAACUGUAUGAAUAUUAUAAUCUUGAAGAUAUUCCUCGUCUUCAAUUAUUCCAACAAUUAAAUCGUAGAUUAACGCAUAUUCGUCAAACAUUAAAAACCAUGUCAUCGAAUGAUAUUGAAAUCAAAUUAAAAUAUAGACGUGAUGUACUGAUUAAAAAACGUCAAACACCUAUUCAAUCAUUAACUAAAGAUGAACGAAUAGCAAUGGCUGAACCACUUGACGAAUCUUCAUCAAAAUAUUUUCCCGUAAAUAAUAAUGAUCAAUUAGAAAAUGAACAAUUAUCACCGAUUCCUCCUGCUUUGCUAUCGUAUGAUACAAUUUUACCUGUAGAAAAAAAUGCUAUUAUAUCUGAAACAUCGAUGUCACCAUCCAUGUCGACAUUUAAUACAGUUCGACCAUCAGCAAUCAGUCAAUCAACUGUACUUCUUUCAACAACAACUCAAUUUAGUGAAAAACCAGAAAAAGUUAUUUCAUGGAAUCAUCCACUAUUAUCAAAUCUAAUGAAUAUGUUUGAACCAAUGAUACCAUUAUGUAAAGCUCAAAUUCAUAAACAAUUGGCUCGACGAUAUGAACAUAUAUGUAAAAAAGCUAAAGAACUUAGUAAAACACAAUUACAAGCACAAAUCAAUUCGAAAUUUAAAGCAUUAGAACAAAGUAAAAAAAUUCUUCAACCAAACAAAGAUGAAUGUUUACGAAUAGCAGAAUUGGAAUUAUGUCUCUUCGAAUUGGAAAAAGAACAAAUUCAACGAGAUCAAAUCGACUAA